AUGAACGAAGAAGACGAGGCCUCGCGCGCUCGUCUGAGGUCACUUCACCAAGAGAUGAUUCAACAGCAGAGGCAUCGAAAUUGGAACAAUAUCAUGGCUUGGUUGUUCCCGUCCUAUCUUCACUUCAAGAAGCUCACUUCGGACUGGACGCUUCCGGCUUGGAAUGAUAAUCUUUCAGCUGAGUUUUUUCUUGACUCACUCAUCCACAGCUUAAUAGUUAUUGACAUUCAAGUAUUCUGCUUUUCAGGCCAACGUCGAGUGAAGUUUGCCUUCUGCGCGUGUACCCCAGAUCCCGUCCAUCUACUUGCAAGCGGCUAUCUUGCAAGCACACCUGUUUUCCCGCAGACUGCCUUCUCUGUGCGAUUACUCAACUUCUACGACAUCCUGUGGAAUAUCUGCAAUGCCCACACUACCCCGUUUGCAAAAGUCUUACAACGAUGGAACGAAUCCAGGUCAAUUCGCCUGCAUGCCAAGAACUCAACCAAGGCUCGGGAGCUGCGCCGAAAUCUAGUUGCCGCAAUUGAUGCCUACAGAACUUUGAAAGACAUGCAGCAGAAGCUGGUCCAAAAUAUGACAUCGAUCAACCGGCAGGAGGUACUCGCUCAACAAUCCUGCCCCGCCUGCUUUGGUGUUGCUCUUCAAGACCCCAAUCCAGCGGAGCCGCCUCCUGCAGACUCUGCCGAUAACCACAAGGUCUUCAUAUGCCUUGAUGGCAACUUUCAACACCGUCACCACGAGCGAGCAUCAAAAAACUACAUAGGAAUCCAAAAUCAAUCCCUGUUCGUUCGGCCGGAAGAAAUUGAUGUAUCAAAUCAGGAGAUACGUGAAGGGGAACUUGCCAAGAGGGUGUCUAAAAAAGCAAAAGACCGCUGCACAGAACAACAUAAAGCUGCCGAUGACCGCCGCAACGCGAGCUCUUGGAAAGGUUGUGAUGACACUGGCCUUUUUGGCUGCUGCUGUCGCCACGACUCAGUCAUCUCAUUCUGCAAUAUCCACAAGUCUGGCGAAGGACGUGGUCUCCCGAUGUCAAUAAUCAAACGAUUUUUCAACGCUAUCAAUCCCAACAUUGAGAAUGAAAUUUGCGACAAGGGGCUGAACGCAACCGUCAGUGAUGUUUUCUCUCGCAAUAUUCAAGGGGAGCUGCAACCGCUGCGCGAUACAAAGUCUCGCGGGGAACGACUCGGCACUAUUUUGAAAGAGAAAAUAUUUGAAGCGCUUGGACGCCAUAAGAAGACGGUUGCAAAGGUUCUCAAGACAUUUUGUGAUCGUCGGACCGAUUACCUCAAAAAACAUGCCCCUGACCAGCUGGGUCUACCCGAAAACCAACCAAUCACAUAUGAUGAAUUCACCAAGCUCCGUUUAGACGACCCGUUUUGGAACGACACCUAUUUGUGCUUGUCUAAAGAACCGUGGGCUGUGAAUCCGUUGGUGCGAACUGGGAUACACGCCGUAUUGCGAUUAGAUCGUGCUAAGGAGGAAUUGAUCCAGCUGAAAAAUGAGCUGCGAAGGUGUGUGUCAUGGGGGAUUCACUAUCGCAAGCAGCUCAAACAUCGAAUUGAUCAAUGUGUAUUUGAUACUGCCGACAGACAACUCACAACUGUACUACAAGAUGCCUUUGGGGCGGUUUCAUACGAAAUUAAAAAAAUCGCCAGCAACGAACUGGAAUUGGUUCAGAAGGAGCACGAGAAACUUUUACUAAACUGGCAGCCAGUAAUUGAAGAGAUUCUGGCUAUAGGAGUUGUGUCUUGCAGCUACUUGCCGGCCGAGUGGUAUGCUUUGGUCGUAUUUUUGAAACAGGAGGAAGUGGACACCCAGUUGAUAGGAUGCGAUGUUGAUAUCCUCUUGGAAGAGACGUUGCUCGAUGGUCAAGACUCAGACGGAGAGUCCCAGAAAGACGACGAUCUUGUGGCAGGCACAAGUGGUGCGGAACACAUCCCACCAGAAGAUGACGAUAUCCCUGGCAAACCUAGUGAUUCCCAACGACCGAACAGUGGUGAUCGUGGCAGUGCUCCUUGA